GUAUAUAAUGACUACAAAGAAUGAACCAAAUGGUUGGAAAUAUACACUAGGAAAGACACCUGUUCUUAUAAUAAAAGAUCCAGAUUUAAUUAAGGAUGUCCUCAUUAAAAAUUUUUCUACAUUUGCUAGUAGAGGAAUACCCACUUUUGAAAAGACCGAUCCUUUACCGCUACAUCUUUUCUUGUUGGAGCCGAAGAGAUGGCGACCCUUAAGAAUAAAACUGUCGCCUGUUUUUACGUCUGCCAAAUUGAAGGAGAUGUUCUUUUUAAUAUCCGAAUGCGCUGAUCAUCUUAUACAAUAUACGGAAAAAGUCGCAAGUAAAAAUGGACUCAUUGAAUGUCGUGAGUUAAUGGCCAAAUAUACGACUGACGUUAUCGGUAGCUGCGCCUUCGGUAUCGAGAUGAAUUCAAUGUCGGAUAAAGAUAGUGAAUUUCGUAAAAUGGGUAGACAAUUUUUUGAAUCUACCUGGUCAAAUGUCAUACGAGAAAGAAUGAGGGAAAUAGUACCAGGACUGUAUCACUUACUUGGUUACAUUCUGCCACAAUCAGAAAGCACCAAAUUUUUUACACGUGUUAUCAUGGAGAGCAUGGAAUACAGAGAUAUGAAUACCAUUACGAGGCACGAUUUCAUUGAUACGUUGCGUGAAUUAAAGAAAAAUUCAGAUCAAUUGGAUGAUAUCGAAUUGACGGAUAAUUUGAUAGCUUCUCAAGCAUUUGUAUUUUUCCUGGCUGGUUUUGAAACCUCAUCAACGACUAUGAGUAAUGCGCUCUAUGAAUUAGCAUUAAAUCCGAAAAUACAAGACAAGUUACGUGCAGAAAUUGACGAGAGCUAUGUGAAAUAUGGUGAACACUUAACAUAUGACAACAUCAAACAAUUGGAUUAUUUGGAUAAAGUCUUCAAAGAAACUUUGCGAAAAUACCCGCCACUGUCAACUCUUAUGAGACAAGCUACAUCAAAUUAUACCUUUGAGAAUACCAAAAUUAGUAUACCAAAAGGCAUGAUGGUAUCGAUUCCUGCUUACGCAAUUCAUCGAGAUCCGAACAUUUAUCCAGAGCCUGACGUUUUCGAUCCAGAAAGAUUUGAUGAUGAAGCUGUGAAAAGUAGGCACUCGAUGGUCUAUUUACCUUUUGGCGCUGGACCAAGAAAUUGUAUUGGUGCUCGCUUUGCCAUUUAUCAGAGCAAAAUCGGACUUAUAAAGAUGUUACGAAACUACAAAGUUGAAACUUGCGAGAAAACUGUGAAACGAUACAUAAAUGAUCCUAAGACUUUUAUAUUAUCACCGAUAGGCGGAAUACAUUUGAAAAUAGUUAAAAUUGAUCGAACCUAGUAUAAGUUUCAUUUAUUUCCUUAAACAUACGACAUACUUAAUAAACGGUGGAAAAUUUUUAUCUAUACUGAUAUGUAUCAAUUGCUGUAACUUUAUUGAUAUUCUUUUAAUUGUCCAUAUUAGUUAAUUUGUAAUUAGAUAGUUUAAU